UCCCCCCCCUCCUUGAUUCCGAACUCUGCUCCGCUGGCCGCGCGAGUUCCAUGGCCCAAUCCGCACCAACGGGGUGCGAUACAUGGAUGUAAUAGUUCCUGAUUCUCCGCAUUCGCCGGCCCAUGCCGUCCUCCGCUGGGAAGGCGCAGCCGCGCCACACGUGGGGAGCUUUGGUGCUAUGUGGCGUCUACGCUCUCGGAGUUGUCGUCAGCCUAGCGGUGUACGGCCUGUCGCAGGAGAAGAUCAUGUCCCGCCCGUACCACAGCGGCACUGACCUCACCGAGUACCUCUCGGCGUUCAGCGCGGACGCGGUGCCGCAGCCGGACCCCAAAGAGUGGCCCACGGCCGACGACUACUUCCAGAGCUCGCUGUUCCUCGUGCUGGUCUCCCGGGUCGUCGGCUUCGUCUUCGCCCUCGUCAUGAUGAUCGCGAACCGGGAGCCGUACGGGCUGCAGGCGGGCUUCUUCCAGUAUGUCCUGAUGGCGGCCACGACCGUCGCCGCCAGCAAGUGCCAGUUCGACGCCCUAAUGUACGUCUGCUUCACCCUGCAGAUAUUGGGCAAAAGCUUCAAGAUGUUCCCGAUCAUGUGCUGGGACUUCAUGGUCCUGGGAAAGAACAACAGGAGGGUGUUGGACUGGAUUGUCGGCCUCCUCUUCACGAUCGGCGUAAUCUGCUACGUCGCUGGCGGGCACAUCUUCCCCGCGCGGAGCAGCAGCGGUGCCAGCGGCGCCUGGUGGGGCAUCGGCCUCAUGUUCGGCUUCUUCGCGUUCGACUCCCUCACGGUGUCCAUCCAGGAGAGGGCCUUCGCAGAUGGCGCCAGUGCGAAGUAUAACCAGAUGCUGUACAUCAACCUCUUCUCCGCACUGCUUACAUCUGCGAUGCUGUUCUUCCAGCACGACUGGGCCGUCACCGUCGCGUUCUGCACGAGUCACCCUUUGGUGCUCAUGGACGCGGCCAUCAUGAGCGUGUCUUCGCUGUCGGCCAACUGGUUCGUGUUCGCCCUCGUGCACGGCUUUGGAAGCCUCGUCUUCACCGGAACCAUGAACAUCAGGCAGAUCCUCUCGGUUGUGGCGUCCGUCGUCGCGUACCACCACCACGUGACCAUCCUCCAGAUCGUUGCGCUGUCGGUGUGCUGCUGGGCCCUUCUCUGGCAGGUGCUCGGAGACGCCUGGCCCAAGCCGUCGGGGGAGCAGACCCCGCUGAUGGGCGACGCAAACGCCCUGGAGGAUGGCUCGGCCAAGCGGAAGGUGAAGGCCUGAGUGCACCAGGACGAAUUGCCUUGUGACUGAGGAGGACCUUUUUCGGGCACAGAUUCGUGUGUG